GACUGUCUUGUGCGGUUUGAAGUUUUGAAAUUUAGCGGUAUACAACAGCGUAUACAAGCAACAUGGCAGGACGCGCAAUGACGUUUCUCUUGUCUUUGCUGGCGGUUUUUUCAAACGCUCUAACAGCAGUGAUCCAAACACAGCAGACUGUGCUGGCAGCAGUGGGAGAAGAUGCUGAAUUCAGCUGUCAGCUCUUGGAGACUAAAGAUGUCCUUCAGGUCACAUGGCAGAAAAGCUCAAAUGAUGUGGAGACAAAUGUUGCCACCUUCAGCAAGUACUUUGGUCCGAGAGUGAAUGAUGGCUUUACAGAUAAAUUUGGGUUUAAAUAUACUGGCCUACAGAACUGCUCCAUAGUCAUCAGGAAUGUGACUGACCAAGAGGGCGGUUGCUAUCACUGUCUGUUUAACACUUAUCCUGAAGGCUCCUUCACUGGUAGAACCUGCCUUGAGGUCUAUGAGCUGCAUGAACCUGUUGUUGAUGUCAGAGAGUCAAACUCUACUGAAGAGUGGGUUGUUUCCUGUUCAGCCACUGGUCGACCUGCUCCCACUGUAACACUCAGUGUCUCACAACAAGACCUCAGCUUCUCACAGUACAACACUGUCAGUGUGUCCAACACCAACGCUACAUUCACUGUCACCACUACAGCUGUGCUCUCAGGUUCACGUAACAACAGCACACAGGUGGGAUGUGCAGCACGAGUGCUCUCUGCUCCUCACAGAGAGGUGAUGGUGACGAUUCCUGAGGUCCAACAGACGUCUGAUCAUGAAUAUGAUUCCUUCUGGAUAAUUGUAUUAGCUGCCGUAGCUGGGGUGAUGGUCCUUGGUUGUGUAAUUCUACUUGUCACUGUUCUGCUUAAAGAAAAAGACAAGCAGAGGGAUCUUGAGAAGAGCAAAACACCACAAAAGUCAAACAAUAAGACUGACGGGAACAAAACACCUCUAAUGAACCACGAGAACGAGCAGCUCAGGCAACGGACGUCUACAAAGAAAACGCCAAAAAACAUCAACAGGAAAGCUUCACCUUCAACAGCAAAAAGACUGUUUGAAGAGCAUUAAUCAAUCAAAA